AUGACUACAGAAGAUAAUCCCUCACUGUGGGGGUUCGGAACGACAAAAACGUUUAAAAUUCCCGUCGAACAUUUGGAUUUCAAGUACAUAGAGAAAUGUUCCAAUGUUAAGCAUUUGGAAAAAAUUCUCUGUGAGCUCCGGUCCGGCGAGGAAGGGUAUUAUCCUGAACUUACAGAGCUCUGUGAAAAGCGCCUUCAAAAACUGGCCCCUCAAAGUCGGGCUCUGCGGAAAGACAAGCCUGCAGCAACCGCGUCCAGUUUUACCGCAGAAGAGUGGGAGAAAAUUGACGGGGAUAUAAAGAGCUGGGUGUCGGAAAUUAAAAAAGAAGAAGGCAAAAUCCAGUGCACCGACGCCGAAACAGUCCCGGCGCCUCGUGGGGACCCACUCCCUCCCGUCCGCGGUGCCAGGAACUCUCUCUGCGACAGGAAGGAAAAACACACCAAAAGUAAACCGGCUAAAAAGAAAAUUCCAAGAGAUUAUGCAGAGUGGGACAAAUUUGAUGUGGAAAAGGAGUGCUCAAAGCUUGAUGAAGAUUACAAAGAAAAAACUGUGAUAAACAACAAGUUGCAUUUGUCUAAAAUUGAAACGAGUAUAGACAUAACAGGCCUCACCGAGAAGGAGAGAGAUGUUCUUGCUACCCGUGAAAGGGAGAAGGGCAAUGAAGCCUUCCACUCUGGAGACUACGAGGAGGCUGUCAUGUAUUACACGAGGAGCCUGUCUGCCCUGCCCAGCGUAGCGGCCUACAGCAACCGCGCUCAGGCCCAGCUCAAGCUGGAGAACUGGAACAGCGCCUUCCUGGACUGCGAGAAGGUCUUGGAAUUAGAGCCUGGAAACAUAAAGGGUCUUCUACGCCGGGCCACAACAUAUAAACAUCAGAACAAGCUCCUGGAAGCCAAAGAAGAUUUAAACAAAGUGCUGGAGGCUAAACCAGAUGAUGCGCUAGCCAAAAAAAUCUUGGCAGAGGUUGAAAGAGAGCUGAAAAGUUCUGGACCCGUCUCUAAGACUCAGACCAAAGGGAAAAGACUGGCGAUUCAGGAAGUAGAAAACUCUGAAGAUGAAGAUGGAAAGGACAGAAAGAAGCAGGAAGAGGGCAGUGGAGAUCAAAAGCCAGAUGGCCCUACCCAUGCCCAGGCCUCCAAGGCGGCGCAGCCGGCCCGGACCAUGGGCAACCUGCAGAAGCGGCCGGCGGGCCCGAGCGCGGGGGAGCGGCCGGGGGCGCGCGGGGCGCGGCGGAAGGAGGCGCGGGGCGGGCCGCAGGGCCAGGCGCCCCCCGCCCCCAGGCCGCCCCCGCCGGCCGCCCCCGCCGCCGACCCCGCCGCUGACCCCGCGGGCCUCCGCGGCCAGGGCAACGCGCUGUUCGCCAGCGGUCAGUUCUCCGAGGCGGCCGCCAGGUACGCGGCGGCGAUCGCGCAGCUGGAGCCGGCAGGCAGCGGCGUCGCCGAGGAGCUGAGCACCCUCUACUCCAACCGGGCCGCGUGCCGCCUCAAGGAGGGCGACUGCAGGGGCUGCGUGCACGACUGCUGCAGGGCUCUGGAACUUCGCCCCUUCUCCGUGAAACCUCUGCUGCGGCGUGCGCUGGCUUACGAGGCGUUGGAGCGGUACAGGGAUGCAUACGUGGAUUAUAAAACCGUCUUACAGGUGGACUGCGGGAUCCAGACGGCCAGCGACAGUGUUAACAGAAUAACGAGAAUUUUGAUCGAUCUGGACGGGUCGGGCUGGCGGGAGAAGCUGCCACCCAUUCCCGUGGUGCCCACGUCGGCCCAGGUGCGGGCCUGGCAGCCUGUCCCAGCGCCGUCCCCGGACCAGGCUGCAAAGUCCCACAGCCCUUGUUCGGGCAGUGGCCCAGAUGAAAACCUGUUUAAGACCCUUAAGGAGGAAGGAAACCAGUGUGUAAAGGAUAAAAACUAUACGGAUGCUAUCAGCAAGUACAGUGCCUGCUUAAAGAUUAAUGACAAAGAAUGCGCCAUUUAUACAAACAGGGCGCUGUGCUACCUGAAGCUGGGCCGCUGUGUGGAGGCGGAGCAGGACUGCUCGCGGGCGCUGCAGCUGGAGGCGGCCAACGUGAAAGCUCUCUACCGCCGGGCCCUGGCCCACAAGGGCCUGCAGAACUACCAGCAGAGCCUGAACGACCUCCGCCAAGUUCUGCAGCUGGACGCCAGCAUCGCCGAGGCCCGGACGGAGCUGGAAGAGGUCACUGGACUCCUGCAAGCGGCGGCGGUGCCCGCUCCCUCCGGCAAGGACAAGGAGAGACGGAAGAUCGAGAUCCAAGAGGUUGAAGAGCCCGAAGAGGAUCCCGGGAGCGCCCCGGAGGGGGGCAAGAGCCCCAGGCCCUCCGGGACCUUGGAGCCACUCCCCGUCACCACGCCAAGCAAUGCCUACGAGUUUGGCCAGCUCCUAAGUGCCAUCGGGGCCCGCGGUGACACAGACGCCUGCGCCCGCCUACUGUCCACCACUGACCCCGAGCGCCUGCCCGCCCUGCUGAGUAACAAGCUGGAAGGAGACACGUUCCUCCUGCUCGUCCAGGCGCUGCGAAACGGCCUCCUCAGUGAAGACCCUUCCCUGGUGUACCGGCACCUUUUCUAUCUGAGCAGAGUCGAGAGGUUUAGGAUGGUAUUGACGCUUAUCAGCAAGGCCCAGAAGGAACAAAUUGAACAGCUGUUCGAGGAUCUCAUGGCCAAACCAAACACGCAUUUCUCUCUGGAAGAGGUGCAGGCCUUGAGUCUGCAGUAUGACUGCCCGCCUUCCCCCCGCACCCCUGCGUCCCAGUCACUCUGACAGCGGGGCCAGAACUGCAUUGCGCGGAGACAAGAUUUUACUUAUUUUUAUACUGAGAACAUGUCUAUUCUACAAUCUGCUUUUUAUUAAUUGUAAAUAUUUUCUUAUGUGUCAGAACUAAUAUCUUUCUAUUUAAUAAGUGUAUUUGGGCCUUGCUAAAAUUAAAAUGCAUUUUUAUUUAUGGGCUGCAUCUUGGUUUGAAUGACUCGUGUUAAAAUUUUGUUGACUACAUUUCUUUGGGCUAGGAAGGGGUCCUCAAGACUGGUAGAAAUGUGUUUAAAAGUGGAAAUCAUUAACAUAGAUGAUUAUACCUCCUUUACUUCCUGCUAAGGUAAAAAUAUAAAUCUUAUUCUGUAUUACAGCUAAGGUGAAUGCAAUACUAAAGUCUAUAAUAUGAGAUUAUUACUGAAUUAUGAUUAUUAGCAUUAUAAAAGAAACUUGUUUAUUUCAGUAUCUGGCCCUGCCCCUGCAAAGAAAGGAAUUCUUUUCUAAGAUGGAAGCUUGUGUGAUCAUUAAGAACAGAAAUGGUCAAAACUUCUAUCAAUUAUUACUAGAUUUUCAAAGACUGCUUUCCCUUCUACAUUAUUUGUAUGAGCAAUAACAAAGCAAUAAAAGCAAGAACUCAGCCCGGGUUUCUGUUUGAAUCAUCACCUCACGUACUCCCCAAACAGUUCCUAUGUCUGCUACCUCUUCUUCUUCUCUUUAAGCACAUGCACCCCCGUCAUUGUAAAGGGGAAAGGGAGGAGGUCUUUAUCAUACUUGGCGCCUUGGCUAACUGUUCAAGUUCAAAGUAAUUAAUAAAACAUUAAGACCUGUA